UCCGGCAGAAGUCGUUUGUGUGAAGCCGUGAAGGUAUGUGAUUUGCAUGAAAGUAUAAAGAUGAAUGUUGACAAGAUACCAAGCACUAGUAAUAGUUUGAAUCCAAAACAUGAGCAGAAAAAGAUACAGGAAAAGGCAAAGAGAGAACUUGAUGCCAUCAUUCAGAGCUGGAAAGAUAAUUCUGAAGGAAUUGUACACGUUGUGAGUGGAACAGAAAAAGGUGAUCAACCACUUCAAGACUUACAUGCAAGCUAUCCUUCAGGAAGAGAAGAGAUUGARGGAAGCAACUGUAGCAGUUUGCAGCUGUAUCUCUAUGAAAAUGAAGCAACACCUUUGAAUGGAGGUCAAAGUGUCCCACAAUUUUCUAUGGCUUCAAAAUUCGAAGUACAGAGUAAUGAUGAGCUGCAGGUUGCAACGGGACUGUGCCAUCAGGCUGGAGAUGUUGUUAACAGUGCAGAAAACUACUCAAGUAUGUGUUUAGAAGAUGAUAGAAAUUUGGCUGUAAAAACAAAGUUAAAGAAUUUCAAAUUUAAGGAUAUUUCUGUCUCAACAGUGGUUGCAGGUGCUGUUUGUAGCUCAGUAGAGAAGUCAGUUUCCACAGUUAAUAGGAGUGAUGGUACUGUGGGCCUAUCAGUUGGUAAUGACACUACAGACAGUCCAUACAACAAUAAUCAAAAGAAAAACUUUUGUAAUUCGUGUAGAAAAUAUUACAAGCACGCAUCUCACUUAUCACGUCACAUUAAGGCAGCACAUGAAAAUCAAAAACCUCAUCUUUGUAACAUUUGUAACGCUACCUUCACAAGGUCUGAAUCACUUAUUGGACAUUUAAGAAAGCACGAACAGCGUGACAAAGCAGAGAUGUCCAAGCAUGGCCCAUAUAAGUGCCCCAAAUGCCAUAAGUCAUACCAGCAAGCAUAUAAUGUGACCCGACACUUGCUGUCGCAUAACGGAGUAAAACCAUUCAAGUGUACAGAAUGUAACAAAUCUUUUACUCAGUAUACUGGGCUGUCCAGACAUUUAGUUCUUCACAAGGGAAGUAGGGAUUUUGAAUGCAAGAAAUGUGGCAAAUCAUUUGCGAGACUGUUUGUUUUAAAUCGACACAUGUUGACCCAUACAGAUGAUAAACCCUAUAAAUGUUUUGUUUGCAGUAAGUCUUUUAUUCGAGCCAGUCAGUUGUCUAUUCAUAUGAACUCUCAUCAGAAAAAAGGUUCAAAUAGUUCAGUGGGGUAGCAGUUGAUGAAGCCUAAGUCAUGUAUUGGCACUAUUUGCAUGAUGGCAUCAUUUGACUACAACUACCAGAAUCCCUUGCACACUUUUUUUUGUUCAGUCAAUUGGCAACAAUAAACUUACUAUUCUCCCAUCA